UUUUACUUAUUAUUUUUUGUUUCACCGCACUGGAUUUUUUGGGGGGGAAUAAUAUGCUGCCUGUGUGUGAGCUCACGCUCUCAUCAGCUGUAGUAAAAGCUGAUUUAAUUAUGUGGAUCACAGAAAUGUGACAGUGAUUCAGAAACUGGCCUCUUUCAUGUCGCUCAUGUGAGGUUUUACGCAUUUUAGCGGGCAGCGCGCUUUCGCCCAGACAGGCGCUCGAGUUUUUGCAAGGAUUUUUGCAAGAACACCUCUGAAGUCAUUUCCAAACCCCAUCAUUUGGUGCUGAGAUAAUUAUCGGUUCCUCUUUCCUCUCUGUGCGUGUCGGAGGAAUGUCGAAGUUAUGAUCCGAUCAGGGAGAGGGGAGAAAGAAAGAAAGAAAGAAAAAAAAGAAAGAACAUCUGCAUAAGCAUUUUAACACAUUUCUACUGUAAUCCAGCUUUUUAAGUUUUGUGCGUAAAAAGGUGAAAGCAUGCUCUUUGGUCGAGGUAAAGAGACUGUACCUGAGAGCUGUGCGCUCAGAGUGGACACCGGGCACUGUCGGCCUGUAGGAGCGUUUUGUCUGACGUGUGCAUGGCAGUCGCAUAACUGAUUAGAUUUGUGGCAGAGAUGAUCUCCUCAGACGCCAGUUCUUUACUAGUCGGCCGGACCUGUGCACGCUAUUCCCCCCCUUUCGCUUUUAUGCCUCCACAUGCUGUGCAGUGCUUUCAUUUCUGAGCCCGUGAGAUUGCUGCUCGUGUUGCAGGGCUCUUGCUGCAGAGAUAGUUGUUGGUGAGCUGGGGAACGUCACUUGUUUUAUUGCCCUCACAGAAGAGAGACCAUAAACGCAUUCUUACUACCUACAAACCCUCCCCCAGUUCACUGCAAAAGAAAAAAAAAAAGAGAGAGAGAGAGAAGAAAAAAAAAAGAAUGGAAACUGCUCACGCGUCAGAUAAUUCAUACACAAUGAAAACAUUAAGAGUCUGCGUUGCAAACUCGUCAUUAAAAAGGCUGAGAUAAACAAUAAAUGCAAAUAUUGUUAUUAUUUUCUUUAUCUUCACAUAGCAGAGAGCUGGCGCGUCCUGCGGGAUGGGAGCGUGUAGAUAGUGGAGCCUACAGCUCUGCAGUGGGGUUGUGAAAUUAAAACAGAGUUUUGGCAACACAUACACACGCGCGCGCACACACACACACUUACACACACACACACACACACACACACAUAGGCAAAGGCACACACACAUAGGCAAAGGCACACACACACACAAUCACUCACACAUACCACAGAGCUCAGUACUCCAGGUGAAGGUUUCGCUUUAUAUCUCAUUAAAUGAAAUAAGCAGCUUUCAGCGCUCAUUCAGAAAGCUUCAGUUUUGACUUCAUGUGUGUUAUUAUGCAGAUCUGUCCGCUUUCCCUCUGAAUGGGAUCACUGUACUGCACGAACAUUGUCCACAUUUCACAUCAAACUCCCCCCACUUCCUCCUCCUCUUAACGCCACAUUCUCUUAAACUUUAAUUCCGAAAAAAAACGUCUCGCCCUGCCAGCCUCGCACAGUGUGCCACUCCGACUCUAACGCUGUGUUUAUCGGCAUUUAGCACUAAUGUUCAAGCUCUGAGCUAAAAGCUACAGUUUCUCCUCAACUCCUGCCUCUCAAUUGGUGGAGAACGGUCAGCUGACAUUGUCAUAUUGUCUCUCACCGAGCCAAGCCUCGGCUAUAACACUCGGGUUUGUGCGUCUUAACCGGAGAUUGGAAAUUAAUAAUAUUGAAUCCUCAAAGUAGCCCACGUCCAGUUAGAGAGCGGCAGAAAGUCGGGGAAAAAAAGAGAAGACCUUGGAGAAAGGUGUGGUUGGUUGACACAGACGGGAAGGAGAUUUACUGAGAAGGAGAUUGAAAAGAGACCGAUAAAGAAGUGGGGAGAGUUGGAGAGAGGGUUACAAGCAAGGUAUGAAUUCUUAUUUCGCAAACCCGUCGCUCUCCUGCCAUUUAUCCGGUGGUCAAGAUGUUUUGCCUAACGUACCCCUGAACUCCACCACCUAUGACACAGUCAGACAUUUUUCGUCGUACGGUGCCGCUGUGACCCAGAAUCGGAUAUAUGCACCUUUCUACUCUCCUCAAGAUAAUGUCGUGUUUGGGUCUGGCAGGGCACAGUACGAGUAUGGAUCAAACGUGUUUCUUCAGGACAAGGACGUGCUGCCCAGCUGCAGGCAAACAAACAUGGGACUCAAUACACAAAGCCACAUUGCUCAAGAGUACAGUUUGGAUCAAGGAAGAGCAGGAGCGCAGGAGCAGAAAGGCAACAUCCCGAUCUACCCGUGGAUGCAGCGAAUGAACUCACACAGCGCAGGAGUGGGCUACGGGACAGACAGACGCAGAGGACGUCAGAUAUACUCUCGUUACCAAACACUUGAGCUGGAGAAGGAGUUUCAUUUCAACCGCUACCUGACCAGGCGCAGACGCAUCGAGAUCGCCAACGCGCUUUGUUUAACGGAGCGCCAGAUCAAAAUCUGGUUCCAGAACCGACGCAUGAAAUGGAAGAAAGAGAGCAACCUGACCUCCACGGUGACUGGAAGUGAACAGACAGGAGCCUCUCAGGAGGAGCAGGAGGAGCGCAGUGGCGCAAUGGAAGGAGAAGAGAAGGAUGAGGACAAGAAGAAAGAGUAGAAAUAAAAGAAGACCUGAUGACCAUUUAAAAAAAACAAAAAAACAAAAACAACCCAACAUAACUACCUAAAGAAAAAAAAAUCCACAUGGACUUGAGAGCGACUUCACUGCAUGAUGGCUUCCCCCCGCAGCUCUCCCACUUAUAUCCCAUGUUGGCCACAGGAGUGUUAAGCCUUAGAAAUCCGAAUUAUUUCAGCCACAGUCUGGCUCCCUGUGACAUUUGGAGCGCUGAUUAUUAUUAUUAUUAUUAUUUUAUUUUUUUUAUUACUGCAAUGUCACACUUGUAUUGUGAAAAAUAAAACAGAAGUAUUAUUUCUAUGUUAUUUCCCAUGCCAGUAAAACCCUAUGUAUUUAUCCCCGCUACACCCUACCCACCCAGCCACCCAACCUACCCAGCUCUCCCUCUCUUACACCCCAUCCAUCACUGUGAACUCUUUGAUCAGCUCACAAAAUAAAGUGUUGGUCAGACUUAACUCAAUAUUGUACAUGCACAUUCCUACGGACGGGAAAGAGAGAGGGAGAAGGACCGGGCCGGACACAUCACAGUAUACUUGAAUUGCCCGCAAGAGAAAAAAAAAAAGUGUCCUGCAUAAACAUGAAAAAGUUGCACGGAUAUAGACUACAGUCCACACACACACACACACACACACACACGAAAUGCCUGUAUAUAAUCAACAAUAUAUUCUGUCAAUCCUGUGAGGACUUAUGUGCAUUUAGCCGCUUUGAUAGACGCUGCAUAACAUAAAGUCUGCGCUUAGCCCCUUCCUCUUUUUUGUUUUUGUUUUUUUGUUGUUGUUUUUUUUUGUUGAUCGUUUGACACAAUACGCUUUCCUUGUGAGAUAGAUUUGUACACUAGUAAUUCUUCACUUUUGUUUGGGAGUUACGAAUUCAUGUUUUGUCAUAAUUGUGUACCAUGGAAUAAAAAUAUUUGUAAAACUUU